GUUGGAACUACAUGAUCCUUGAGGUCCCUUCCAACCCGGGUCAUUCUGUGAUUCUGUGGGACUAAUACGUGAGAUAGGAAGGGGUUGAUGCAGAGAACUCUAUUAUCCCAGCGCCUGGUUAUGGCUGCUGCCCUCGGAGCCGACCAGCCCUGCGCACCAGCGUGGUCAGAAGCCAGCAGCGCUGCCAGCCGGUCUCCAGGCCGGGUAACACCGUCUCCCAGCUGCAGGCGGCGCUGCGGUGGGAGGCAGCGGAUGCAGCGCUCGGCCGGCGGAAGAGCAGCCGCUUCCUGCGCGGGCAGUUGGAGCUGCUGUGCCGGCAUGGCGUGCGGGUUCCUGCUGGAGAUCCGGCGGGGGACGCAGAGCGCCUUGCUCGUUAUCCGCGAGGCGAGCCUGCGGAACCUGCCGGCCGACAUCACGGUGGAGCCGGGCCGGCUGGAAGUGAGGAGCGGUGCUGCCUGCGGGGCGGCUGCGCUGCCGCCAGGGGUCAGCCUGGCUCCGUCCUCCUGCCGCGGGCUGCGGCUCCUGCCCGGAGACGGGCUGCGCCUGCGGCUACGGCUGCGCGAUGCUCCCCUUGCCCCGGAAUUGGCUUAUCAGCUUUGGGAAAGACUGAAACCACAGAAGAAUUACAUCCUUUACUGCCAGUCCUGUGGGGAUGUCAUAGUAAAAGAACGGAAAUUUCUCAGAGUUCUUCCUCUACCAAGUGAAAACUGGAGUGCUUUAGUAGAAGAGUGGUGUUGUCACCCUAAUCCUUUUGCAAGAAGUGCUUUACACCCUCAGCAUGACGACUGUUUUCUUGGAGACACUUUUCUGCUGUUGAAUUCAAGAAAUCAAUCACAUGUGCCUGAAUCUUCCAAGUGCAGUUCAGAGACUGAACAUCACACUUCUCAGAAUGACUCUACCUCGAAAUUAAAGGAGAAUACCAGAGUAAUUUGUGAGCGCUGCAAGAAAACACUGGGAGAAACAGUAUCAUCAGAUACUGUUAAAUACUAUGUCACUGAGGUGAUUAUUUGGCCAUCUGAAGAGAAUUUCAGCACAGUGCCAAGGUCUCAAUUCAUACAGAGCAUGGUUGCUCAGUGUCUUGUGGAAUUGUCCUCAGCUAAAAGCACAUUUAGAUUCAUCAUAAAAGGUGACAAUGGAAGGAUUUAUAUUCUGAUAUGGCUUUUAAAUUCUGACACAUUGCUGGUGGAGUCCUCAGGAAGUUCCUCAUCCCACAGUGUCUUUACAUUGUUUGGCGAUAAUUUCGUGCCCAGCUAUGGACCAUCGGAGAUGUGGAAUGCUGUCAAAGUUCUCUACCAGCCAUGCACUAAGAACAGGAAUAAGGACCUUGCUGAUGCCUGGGAAAAUGAUUUUGGAGUUCAUCCUUUAAAGUUUCCAUCAGAAACAUGCUUGGAAUUACUUCUGAUGCUGAGUAUGAGUACUGCUUCUUUACCGCCUUCACUUCAGCGCAUGAACUCUUUUCAGGUUGCCUUUCUGAAGAUGUGAAGUACUCGGAUACCUACGUGGAAAACUCUUCAAAUUCCCUUCCAUCAGACAUAUACAUAAACCUUCCAAUGGCGAGACACCCAUAAGAAAAUCUACUGGCAAUACAAAGCAGAAUGAACUGUAGCAUGCAUCAUUCUUUCUGUCUGGAAGAGAUUCAAAGCCAAAGACGGAGUUAGCUUUUACAUCCAGUACACUCUUAGGUGUUACUGUAAGAGUGACGCCUCACAUCAAGCUGGGCUGAGUUAUGAGUAGUCAAGACUACCUUUAUCAGACAGUACUGGUAGUCCUAAAUAAACUGGCAGUAAAGAGGGGAUCUAAAAUAUUUAAUGUAAUGGAUGCUGAAGUGUGUUCUGUCCUUUCUUUGCUCUAGGAAAGUUAGAAGGCCAACUUUAAAAUACAAAAUCUAGUUUUUGUCUAACUUGUAUGUUUAUCAUGUUUAUUAUUUCUGCAUUAAUCAUAGAAUCACAAGGUUGGAAAGGACCUACAAGAUCAUCUAGUCCAACCGUUCUCCCGUUACCCAUCCUACCACAAGCCACUGAACCAUAUCUCAUGGCUCUUCAUCCAGAUGUCAAAUGUUCACUUUUUUUCUUGUGAGUGAAGAAAAACCCUAUUCAUGUUACUAUGCCCUAUGUAAUAUUUUGUGAAACUGAUAAUGUUUUGAAGAAUCAAGGUUUUAUAGUAGUUUGGAAUAAUUAUUCCUUCAGCUUCAAAAAGGAUAUCUACAUGAGGGCUGGCUUUGCAGAAACUGCCAGAAAUGAAAGAUUAUUGUAGUGAGGUGGCAUCCUGCUUCAUUUGCUACUGUGGCUAUAGAGAGUAAAUCUGACAUUAGUAUUGUAUUUGGUUGCAGAAUGAGGUACGUAGACACUUCAUCAGGAGUAUUUGGGGACAAGGAAAAACCUUCUGGAGAUGAAGUACUAGAAACAUGCAUCAACCCCAUCCUGCCAUGCUCCUGCUGUGGCAGUGCUGCAGCUGACUCAGGAAGCAAAUCCUGAAGGAGCACCAAGCCCAGCAUGUACACUGAUAACUCUGAGACUUUUAGGAGCUUGCCUCCUGCUGGCAUAUAUUUAAAGCUUCCCCCUUUUUUUUUUUUUCCUCACCCUGUGCAUUGGUGUACAGGGUAUGAGUGGGAUGGAGUUAACAACCUUUGUAGCGUCCAUGCUGUGGGUUGGAUUUGUGGCUCCAACAGUGCAGAUAACGCACCACUGUUCUGGUUGCUGCUGAGGAGAGCUUGCACAGCACCAAGGCUGGAUCUUUUUAUUUCCCUCUCCGCCCACACCUUUCCCUCAGUGAACAGACUGCUGUUGAGCAGGAAGCUGGGAGAGAACACAGCAGGGACAGGUGGUCUCAGCUGGCCAUAGGGUUUCGGUACAUAUGUAGCUUGCUUGCCUUUAAAGCAUGUAAGCAAACACCAUGCAGAUGGGAAACUGCUCCAGACAGGAGCUGGCAGUCGGCUAUUUUGUUUUUUGUUUGUUUUUUUAAAGAAAAUAUUUGAUCCUACUUAUUGCUUCCUCUGUUUCCCCAUUGUUUUGUAUCAAUUACACUGCAUUUUUUUUUCUUGGCAGAGUAUCUUUAUUUCGCUUUCUGUAGUGUCAAGUACAGCCUCAGUCUUAAAGCCAUAAUAAUAAAUCAACUAUGAUGUUAAGAAGUACCCACUCACAUUAAUGGAGAUAGAUGUGCCUUCUCUACUAAUGUGCAGUUUCCAAACAGUGUAAGGCAACAAGAAGCUAUUUAAAAUGUCAGCUUUAAUUCUUACAUGCUAUCAAGUUAUAAAGAUUGCUAUUGGUGUGGUGCAGAAAAUAACUCCUAUGUGUCAGACAAGGGGUGUUCUCCAUUAGCACCAAUAGACAACAGUCUUUUUCCUGUCAUUAACAGGUUACCUUCUUUAAACAAGCUUGACCAUUAUAAUGAACUGGUAUAGCUAAGCUGUCAUACCAGAUUGAGUCCCUGUGUGAUUAUUUUAUCUCAGAAAUUAGGGUGACUUUCUAGUUUAGUUUAAAUCAUUUCCAUUGUGGUCUAGGAUACACUGAAUAACAUUGACGAGAGGAUUGACACAGGGAGCUUUGCUGGUCUUACGCUGUGAGAAGGACAAGUUUUGCCUUGUCUGUUUCGCCUUCUUUCGAAAUGGACUGAAUUGCCUCAUGGCAGAUGCCAAGGAUCUUUUAGCAGUUUUCACAGGAUUUUGCUGGUCCAUGUACUAACCUCUCGUUAGCAACGUUGUGUCUUCCAGUAUCUUACUGUGACAGGCAAGUGUGAUAUUUCUCUUUUUGCAGACAGCAGUUGCUGUGUUCAGAUCUCGUGGUGCUGUAGUUUAGGAAAGUUAGGUGGCAUUCUUUUAAUCAUAACCAUGAGGAUUUUCCUAACUGCAAAUCAUGUCCAAUGGCUCUUGCUUUGUCCCCAUCCAGUUGUCUUAGACAUGGAUUGCACUGGUCAUUGUAUUACAUCCUCAGUAAUAGAUGUUCCUUCUAUCUUACUGUAUUCAGUUCUUGUAUAAAUACCUACCCUUUACACUCAUUGUAAACAUUAGAAAACUAUUUUAAAAUAUAAAAUGUAAUUUUAACUUGUGUGCUUUUUAAUCAUUUCUUCAAGGAUAAGAAGAAUUUUAUUACGUGUUGUCUUUUGUGAUGACAGAGCAGGCUGUGGAUGAGUUCUGUGUUUUGUUAGUGACAACUCCAAUGGCUAGGGGGUUAGAGAAGAGACUCUACACUUUAAUUAUUAACAUGCAUUAAUUACACCCUUAUUGGCUGGCUUUUGCUAACAUGCAUUUU